GAAAGGCGUGAGCUAACCGGAAAGCGACCUCGCAGGGACAGCGCAUGGGGCUAUAGCUAGCUAGCGGGGAGAAUCUGCGGCGAGUCACGGAGAGGCACGCGGCGCACCGGCGUCCGAGCCCGAGCCCGAGAGCCAGCGACCCCAACCAAUUCCGUCUUAUCUCAAGGGAUCGGAGGGCGGAAAUGGAGAAUCCACCAACCCAACCAAGUUGCGCCCCGCCUACUGCCUAAAAUGGAUUCACCAGCCGCGGCAGCGGUCCAUUUCGGCGUCUGGGGGAGUCAACCGCUCGGGUCGUCCACCACCCACGUCUCCACCAGCGCACUGGCGGCGGCGGCGGUUGCGCAGGCGGGUACGGCCGCCUAGUUCCUUCAAGCGACCGAACCGAGAGAGCGCCUCCCUCCCGACCGCGACAGCUAGGGUCCCUAGCCUCCGCCGCGGCGCCCCCAGCCUGCGCUGCCCGUCCGCCAGUAGAGGAGCCCGGCAGCGCCUCCCUCCGUCGAGCAGCCGCUCCCACCUCCCUCCCUGGACCAGCCGCUCCCGCCUAGCAACGCCGCCGCCCGGAGCUACGCCGGCGACCAGUCCAGAGGGCAUCAACAUUGUCAAUUGGAGAGGCUUGGAGCUGUUUCGGCAUCCAUAGUAGAGCAAACAAGAAGCUGGGCAACUUCUCAUAAGGAAGUCAAUUGGUGCUACAGUGGCAAUAAAGGAAAGAUGGAGCUGAUCGGCAUCAUUAUGACUUUGACAUUUCUGCUCUCAUUUGCAGCGUCUGAUCGCCAAGGUGAUGCAUUAUAUGAUAUGAAAAUGAAGCUGAACGCUACUGGCACACAGCUUACAGAUUGGAAUCAAAAUCAAGUGAAUCCUUGCACUUGGAAUUCUGUUAUUUGUGACAGUAACAAUAAUGUUGUGCAAGUAACAUUGGCUUCUAUGGGGUUCACUGGAGUUCUGUCGCCAAGAAUUGGAGACCUUGAGCAUUUGAAUGUUCUGUCCUUGCCUGGUAACAAGAUUACCGGUGGCAUACCCGAGCAGCUUGGCAACCUAUCUAGUUUGACAAGCUUAGAUUUGGAAGAAAACCUGCUGGUUGGAGAAAUCCCAGCUUCUCUUGGCCAUCUUUCGAAGCUCCAACUCUUGAUACUAAGUCAAAACAGACUAAGUGGAACUGUUCCUGAUACACUGGCAACCAUCUCAAGCUUGACGGACAUUCGGUUGGCCUACAAUAAUCUCUCCGGUCCAAUACCUGCUCAACUAUUUCAAGUUGCACGUUACAACUUUUCUGGGAAUAACUUGACUUGUGGAGCUAACUUUGCUCAUCCUUGUGCAUCAAGUGCGUCUUACCAAGGUGCAUCCCGUGGUUCGAAAAUAGGCGUUGUCCUUGGAACAGUUGGUGGAGUGAUAGGGCUACUCAUAAUAGGGGCUCUGUUUGUUAUCUGUAAUGGAAGGAGAAAAGGUCAUCUGCGUGAAGUUUUUGUGGAUGUAUCAGGUGAGGAUGACCGAAGAAUUGCAUUUGGGCAGUUGAAAAGGUUUGCAUGGCGAGAAUUACAACUCGCUACUGAUAACUUCAGUGAGAAAAAUGUUCUUGGACAGGGGGGCUUUGGAAAAGUAUAUAAAGGAUCACUUCCAGAUGGCACUAAGAUAGCCGUAAAGCGGUUAACUGAUUAUGAAAGUCCUGGUGGGGAGGCUGCCUUCCUGCGUGAAGUUGAGCUCAUUAGUGUUGCAGUUCAUCGGAAUCUUUUAAGAUUGAUUGGGUUCUGUACAACACAAACAGAACGUCUACUUGUUUAUCCUUUCAUGCAGAAUCUUAGCGUAGCCUACCGUUUGCGAGAAUUUAAACCUGGGGAACCGGUAUUAGACUGGAACGCAAGGAAACGAGUGGCUAUAGGCACAGCGCGUGGACUGGAGUACCUGCACGAGCACUGCAAUCCUAAGAUCAUACACCGUGAUGUCAAGGCUGCGAAUGUCUUGCUUGAUGAAGGUUUCGAACCAGUUGUCGGCGACUUUGGCCUUGCAAAGUUGGUGGAUGUACAGAAGACAUCUGUGACCACUCAAGUCCGAGGGACUAUGGGUCACAUUGCACCAGAAUAUCUGUCCACAGGGAAGUCAUCUGAGAGAACUGAUGUUUUUGGCUAUGGUAUAAUGCUUCUUGAAGUGGUCACAGGGCAGCGCGCCAUUGACUUUUCACGUCUGGAAGAAGAAGAUGACGUGUUAUUACUUGAUCAUGUCAAGAAGCUACAAAGGGAAGGGAAUCUAGACGCCAUCGUGGACCGCAACCUGAACAACAGCUUCGACAGGCAGGAGGUGGAGAUGAUGAUGCAGAUCGCGCUGCUGUGCACCCAGGGGUCGCCCGAGGACCGGCCGUCCAUGUCGGAGGUGGUAAGGAUGCUGGAAGGGGAAGGCCUGGCGGAGCGGUGGGAGGAGUGGCAGCAGGUGGAGGUGACGAGGAGGGAGGAUUACGAGCGGAUGCAGCAGCGGUUCGACUGGGGCGAGGACUCCAUCUACAACCAGGACGCCGUGGAACUGUCCGCCGGCAGAUAGCCGCGUCAGAGUGCGCUGCUUGCUGUAGGUAAUAAUGCAAUUCUUCGUACUACUAGCAGAGUUAGUCGGAGUCUUGUAUAUUGUGAAAUUUGUCGUAAGUCAGUGUUGCUGACUGUAUAUUCGUGCUGCCUCCAUGAAAACCUUGGUUUUUGUCGCCGGUGGCACAAAAAGUAGAGAUAAGAUGCAUGUGCUGCUGCUGGGGUGGCUUGAAAUUUAAAACAUUUACGUAUUAUAUGCACCAGCUGCUUGGCGAAGCCUAGCCGUACUGUUCGGUGCAGCACGACCUUACUGUAUGUAGUAAAUCGAUUUGUUUUGCAUAGCCA